UCACUGUGAACAUUUCGGCUGUCUGUGUGCUUUCUCCUUUACUUGUCUGGACCACUUUUGAGGAAGGAAAUCGUGCACCUAUUAACAGACGAGUGAAGUAGUAAUUCACAAGACUAGAGCAACUUAGGUUCAUCAGGAUAGUCAUGUCGGCUGGUCCGAAUAAUUUGCUAGCUGCGUCUCUCGUUGAGAAGGACAAGAAUGGUGAUACUCUUUGGACGUGGACUUACCCGAGCGUUGACGAGGGGCUGCGAGAGCUGUUACUGCGAAAAACCUGUCUGGCUGAGAAGGACAGCAAUGAAAUAGUCCCUUUCUCGUUUGGGCACUUUGGCCGAAUGUGGUAUUACGUUCUGACGGUAGCGGCUGGUGAUAGUGAACCAUUAGCACAGGUGACCCAUUUUACGGUGAUUGUCCAUGCUAAGGACUUCAAUCCAGAAAAGUAUCAACAUUUGGCUUCUAUCUUGGCGGAGACGUAUCGCACAACCGGUAACGCCGCUCGGCUGCUAGAGAACUACCUUAGCGUGGUCACGCGUGGUGUGUGUUCUGGCGUUGGCGAUAUCGAGGACUUUGCCGUCAAAUCGUAUGACGUGCGGAAGGCAUACAUUGCGUCAUCCAUCAAAGAUGUCAUACAGCAGCUGGGCAUUGAGGCAAUCUUGGUGUAUACUGCCCUGCUGCUGAAGAAGCGCGUGGCUGUCUACCACCCAGACAUACAACAACUGCUGAAUAUUGUCAGAGCACUACCCACUCUGGUGUGGCAUCGCCAGAACUGGUCGAUUGUCUAUCCCCAUGUACAUCUGGUUGAAGAUGAGCUGGAGGAUCUCGCCUCGACGUCAUCCUACGUCGCCGGCUUCACCGACAGCAGUGUGGAGAGCCAUGCCAAUCUGUACGACGUGUUCGUCAACGUGGCCGGUGGUGCAAUCACAGUAGCUCCACAUGCCAAAGAGGCGUUUGGGAUGGGUAAGAUCCACAAGGACAUUGCAACAAGAAUGGUCCAGUGCUCCGAGGAUGAAGACAUGACCGAUCAAGCCAUGAUCAAGGAGAUUGCCCUGAAGACCAAGGACCUGAUCAAUAACUUGAAAAGCCUGGCGGUGGAAGAUGAGGAGACGGGAGAGCCGGUCGUCACACCCGAUGCCCUGCGAGGCCGCAAGCUCACACCAGCAAUGGAGAACUUCCUGUAUCACCUGGCUUCUGCGGAGGGCCUGGUCAAAUUCUGACUGCCCGCAAGAGGUGCACAUCCACAGAGCUAAAUCAGCUAAUAUCAAGGGUAAAAUACAGAAGAAGGAAGAGACUUGCGCAACAAUUACAUAUCUUUCUACUUUAUGCCGUGCGAGCGAAAUGCUACCACUGUACAUACCAACACAUCAAUAGUAUCUCUUAGGACUGAACUUUUACAUCCUCUAUAUUUCGAAUUGCACCCUCCGGUCAUCCUCUUUAUUUCAAAUUGAUCACAUGUUUACGACUUCAACAUACAAGAAUUGGAAUAUACUAUAGACAAUAUUUUUGAACACCUAUGAAAUAGAUUAAAAAAAACCAGGGUACAAGAAGCCCGCUGCAACCAGACAUGGUAAGAGAAAAGAAAGUUACAGACUAGAUUUGCAUUGAAAUACUUCUACUUCGAAUUAAUUGUUCACUAGAAGACAUGAUUUCCCACUCGCGUUCAUCGCCACCAAAUAUUAUACUGUACUACUCUGGAAACUAUCUUGUUGGAUUAUAAGUCUUGUAGUCCUUUA